GCACUAAAAAAAAACUGUGCUUCAAAACUAUUUUUUAUUUAUUCGGUUUUCGUCAGACUAUGCAAUACUUGCGGUUAUCUCGUGACAAUUUUAAUAUAACUUAUUUGCGAAUAAAUUUAAAAUGGUAAAAUUUAAAAUGACAAAGUGACCGGAAUUAAAAUGGAUGUUUUUGCGUCCGCGUAGACUCCGUCGAAAAGUUGCGUCGAAAUCGCAAAUUAUACUUAAUAAACUCCCAUGACUAAUAACCGUUACACGCGGUUUUUCACCGUAAUUACCAAAUAGUGAUAUACAAUAUUACCUAGCGUGACGAUAACAAAUAACGUGCGCAACAGUCUUACCACUCCGUCUUUUCUAUUCGAAGGUUUACUUCAGUCACUUUCGUCACCGCGGUUUCCCGAUUUUUCCCCGCUCGCGUGCGUAAUUUAUAUAUGCAGAAGCAAAAUACUUGUGCGUACACUUCACUUGCGUACCAUGACCUCAAACAGCAAUCUUAUCUUUGACAUGACAACCGGCUAAGCAACCACCUCCCUUUGAACGCUUCGGUUCCGGUGGAGCGGAGAUGUUCGGGCGCGAACGCGUGAAAAGUAACGCGCUACCUUGAGAAAUCUCGCAGUCGUCUCUCAGUCGUCUCGUAGUCCGGAGCAUAAACCCAGGACCCUGUUCUUUUCAAAUUGUCGUUUACAUUGAAAUAAUAUCGAAUAGCCAGCCACGCGAGAAGAGUAGAUCGGACUGGAAACUAUCGCGCUCGCCGCACGUUUUCUGUCGUAAUAUACGACGAGCGUUAAAGAUAACGUAAGAAAAGGGAAAACUACGGGAAAGAUAAAGAGAAGAUAUCCCGGUAUCGCGUUCACGAUCAUCACGAAAUUGGAUUAUUGGAGACGUAAGCGGGAAAACGGGAAAACUAAGAGAGAAAAGCGUUUCGUUCAAUAUUAAUCGUUAGCGCUAGCGAACAUAACAACCGCUUCCGAACUUUUCUAUCCGUGACAGUGAAAGUGCCGAGGAAAGAAGGAAAAAAGACCGGCUGCCUCUUUAACGAUACCUCGUAUUUACGAAGGAGCGGAGUAAGAACGUCGUUGCGAGCCAGUACUUCGUCGAAUUUGAAAACGGAGAGACGCGUGUACAUUGCAUCGUAUUAUCAUUCAGUGUCACAAUCACGAAGAAGUGGUUAAAACUACAAAUUCCUCACUGUGAAGAUAAGGCUUUAUGACAUCAAAGAGAUUUAUGAUGAAGCUUAAUGCACUUAUUCAAUUACUAUGCCGUUUUAUUGUACCGUUCCUGUUCCUGAAAGGAUGCACCAGCAUCGAAAAAUUGAAAGGCAUAUAUUCCUGGAAGGCUUUGGAUUUUGCCUUUCCAAAUAAUUAUGCGAGACAACAAGCUAUAUUAGAGGGCCGAUUUAUUCCUGGAGCACCAUUACCGAUUGACGUGGACUUCUAUCAUCGAGCUAAGCAAGGAUCUGUAGUUUUCAUUACGAUGCCAAGAAUUCAAAAUGGAGUUCCAGUCACCCUCGGUUACGUCACAGAUGCUGUUUCUCCUGAAGGAAAUCCAAUAAUUGCACCUUAUCCAAACUGGGAAUGGAACAGAUUAGGACAUUGUGAUGCGAUCACCAGCGUGUUUAGAGUACAGGUGGACUCGUGCGACAGGUUGUGGGUCAUUGACACGGGCAAACUCGAGGAGCAACAAAUCUGUCGUCCUCAAUUGCUGUCGUUCUCGCUGCGAACAAAUAAGGUCCUGAGCCAGUAUAAGUUCCCCAAAAGCCAAUUCAAGGAUGAUUCCCUGUUCGUGACGAUCGCGGUCGAUAUUCGCAAUCACGUCGACAAAUGUCAAGACACGUUCGUCUACGUCGCCGACGUGACAGGCAACGGAUUGGUCGUCUACGAUCAUCGUAACGCACGUUCCUGGAGGAUUACCAACAAUCUGUUUUAUCCCUAUCCCGCUCACGGAACGUUCCACAUCAAGGGUGACACGUUCGAUCUUAUGGAUGGCAUUUUGGGCCUCGCCCUAAGUCCGGUGAAGCAGGACGGCGACAGGAUUUUAUACUUCCACUCUUUGGCCAGCAAAGUCGAAAGUUGGGUACCCACUUCUACGCUCAGGAAUUAUAGCCUCUUUCAAGAUCACUCCGAUGCUGCGCCAAGAUCAUUCCGUUCAUUCCCAUUGGAAAGGUCAUCGCAAUCUGCCGCUCAAGCCAUGGAUGAGAGGGGGGUUCUCUUCUUCGGUCUUUUAUCAGAUCUCGCUAUAGGGUGUUGGAAUAGUAUCACUUAUCCCGAAUACGGUGGUACCAAUACCGAAGUCGUUGUCGUCAAUCCCGAUACGCUGCAAUUUCCGUCUGGAAUGAAGGUUAUCACCGCGAAAAACGGCCGUCAGGAAUUGUGGAUUCUCACAUCGUCAUUCCAAAAAUUCAUGACCGGAACUAUGAGCUCGAACGAGACAAACUUUCGGAUACAGGCUGGUUACGUAGACGAGCUCAUUCGCGGUACCAAAUGUAACGGUGCGCGUACACACUUUGACGACCAUCACGGCUACGGGAGGUCGUUGUUGAAAUGAAGAUCGUGGCACCGCGGGGAGUUCGACGAUUCGCGUUUUCAGACGUCCGUCUGGUGGAGCAAGUAUCCGAAUUUCUUCGCGGAACACCACCACUUCCCCUUCCAUAUAAUCCCGCCGUCGUAUAAUUCGUUCCCGAGAAUUUUUACUAGACCAUCCUUUUUCCCUUGGAUCAUGAGAUCAAUCUACAGUCACCGACCAGUCGAUUACAUCUACAUUGAUCACGAUUGAAAAACGCGCGAUACUACAUGUACCUUAAUAUUCCUAAUGCAAAGGACGUCCCGCAUCCUCUACAAUGAGUUUUCUCAAGAUUCUGUAAAAUUUAUCAACUCAAAGCCGAGCUACUUGUGGUGCCAGUUAAGCUUUACAGUUUACAGUAGUUGUAAUAAUUCUAGUGGUGUGGUAUCCGAUUCAUCGGAAAUAAUUAUCACCAAUGGAUAAAAUAUAUUAUCGUUCCUAAUAAAUAUAAUAUAAUCAA